AUGGGUGGAAUGAUCUCUCUUUUCAUUCUUCUUCUAACAAUUCUUUUCCAUAUAUCCCUAUUGCCAAACUCAGUCACUGCUGUUAAUCCAAGUGGGUUUAGCAUGAAGAUCUUUCAUAGAGACUCCAAAGAAUCACCUUUAUAUCCAGGCGAUCAUUUAACACAAGAAGAAAGAUUCGAAAGACUCAUCCAACAAUCCAAAAAUAGAGCACGUUACAUUGGGAGGAAAAUAUCAAGUUUAAAUAACUCGAUAAACGCACUUUUUCCUGUGACUUACGAUGGUUCUGGAUCAUAUGUUGCAGCGGUGGGAAUAGGUACUUUUGUUGGUCCAGAACCUUACAAGCGACACUAUUUAAUGGUUGAUACUGGUAGCCCACUUACAUGGAUUCAAUGUCAAGGUGCUACUUCUUCUUUCCCUCAACAACAACCCCUUUAUCCUGCAACAAGUUCAAGUACGUAUCAACCUCUAAGGUGUAACAGGAGAAGAAUGGGUACCAUCGAAAACCCUGAUUGCUACCCAGGAUUAUGUGAUGAUCAAGGCAUGUGUACUUACGAAAGAAGUUACGAGGACGGUACAUCUACAACAGGUAAAUUGGCUAAAGAAAAAUUCACUAUAAAUUCAGAUUACCGUCGGCUUGAAUCUUUUAUUAUUGUCAUGGGUUGUGGACUUAACCAAGUGAACAUGGCUGGUAGCCAACCUGAAGUUUUUUCUGGAACACUCGGUCUAAGUGGAGGAUCUAAGUCUUUAGUAAAACAAUUAAAUUUAGGUAAAUUUGAAUACUGCCUGAGGCCAUAUAGGGAUGGUAUGGACGGAACCCAUACGUACUUAAGAUUUGGUUCAGACACGAGACUUGAUCGUGAAGUUCGACAAGCAUACAGAACUCCCUUAUUUAACUAUGGCGAACAAUAUUAUUAUUUGGUUUUAGAGGAUAUUAGUGUGAAUGGGAGUAGAGUCGGAUUCCAAAGAAGGGAUUUCCAGUAUAGGGUGAGUACGGGAAGAGGCGGUUGUAUAAUAGAUUCAGGGGCUUCAGUGAGCCGUAUGCGCGAAAGUCUCUUCGAUAGGGUUGCGGAGAAGGUGACGGAGUAUUUUGAGCGGUUUGGUCUUAAUCCUGUUACACCAUCUCCAUUUAAAUAUACUCUUUGUUUCCUAAGACGUAUCAAGCCUUUUGUAUAUCCAACAAUCACAUUCCACUUUCAGGAUGCCGCAUUUUUCCUCCACGGACACGAUGAGGAUACUGCUUUUAAAAUCCUUCCGAAUUAUUUUUGUUUGGGUAUUAUUCGAGAACCCGAAUCCGACAAUGCCCCUUAUCAUGUCAUGUUUGGAGCAAUGCAACAAGCUCGCAAAAGGAUCUUACAUAAUGUUGCGGGAAAGUCACUCUAUUUUGCUGAAGAGGAUUGCAGAAACGACUACCCGAACUCCAUAUAA